AUGACUGAGAUAAAACAUGCCAAAUAUUUCUCUAUCUGUGUGGACUCUGGACAUUUCUCAUGUAGUCAACUUUCUUUCAUAGUGAGAUAUGUCUCUGAAUACGGAUGUUCUGUCGAACAAUUUUUGAAAUUCAUUCCAAAUUGUGGCCAUAAAGUGGAAGACUUGGCUAAAGUCAUCCUAGAGACAUUUAAAAAUCACGACUUGGAUGUCGCCAAUUGCCGGGGGCAGUCUUACGACAAUGCUAGCAAUAUGUCGGGUGUAUAUUCUGGUCCUCAAGUGAGAAUAAAACAAGUGAACUCUCUGAUGGAUUUCGUUCCUUGUUCGACUCACUCACUGAAACUUGUUGGAUCCUGUGCGGCCGAGUCUUGUCAAGGUACUGUAUCUUUCUUCGGUAUUUUGCAGUCAUUGUAUAAUUUUUUUUUCCGGCAUGAACACACAGAUGGGAAAUUUUGCUGUCGAAACUCAAAUUCAAGACUCGUGAAGAGUCUUUCUCAGACAAAAUGGUCUGCUCGAACUGACGCCUGCCGAAGUCUAUGUUGCUCCUGGGAUGAGAUCAUGGCAGCUCUUCAGAUAAUUGCCAAUGAUGCAAAUGAAAAACCAUCUACGCGCUCUUAG